AUGCUGGGAAAGUCGAGCGUGUCAAAGAAGGACGCGGCCGAGAAGGAGCUGCUCAACGUCAAGGUGCAGGAGGCGGACGUGGUGCUGAUCGUGGACGAGCUCGACCUGGAGCGGCGCGAGGCCGAGCGCGCGCUGCGCCAGGCGAGGGGGGAUGUGGUCAAGGCUCUGUGCGAGCUUGUUAGAUAGGCAGUAUAGACGGGGCGGUCGGGCAGGGAGUAGUCGUACACGGAGCGGGGCAUAAAUUGUUAUGGCACGGGGCUUUUGUCCACGCGCGAGAAA